CUAGAAGACAUGAAUCGAGAAGGUAGUGGUGUUGUACCUUUGCCAAGCAAUGGCAAGAAGGUGGUAACCAUUACGGUCGCGUAUAUAUCUCAAGACGGUAGUGGUAUCGAAUUGAGCCCAAUUGCUGCUCUGGUAUGCGAAGAAUUGACAAAUGAAACCAUCACACUGACCUCUUCAGCUGUUUCCUCGACAUCAACUCCACCAUCACUAUCAACUACAAAGCCAGAACAUUGCGUGAUGGGCGGACCAGAGGAAGACGUUGCACCAAGUUUCACAACCAUUUACUCUAACGGGAAAACCGUUGAAGGGUUCGAUCCGUUUAAUCGGGAAGAAGGAUUGAAAGAACUUACACUCGAUAAUAACGACAUGGCUGUAGUCAUGAUUGACAUUACACCAAUAGAAUUGAACGAGUUACAUAUUCACACAUUUGACACAGUUUUAUCUGUCAACGUUACAUACGAAGAUAACACAAUUCAAACUAAGACGCGACCGUUCCUGGUGUUGGAAACUGCCGAGGACACUGUUGUGGUUGUGAGUCAUCCAAGGAAUGGCAAGAAUGUAGUAACUAUUACGGUCACAAUAGAGUCUUUAGACGGCGCAGACAUCAUGUUGAGUCCGAUCACCGCUCUGUUAUGCGGCGAGAAAUUUACAACAGCAAGCAUCACAACGCCCUGCACUACACAACAACCAUCAACUACAAAGUCAGGUUUGUAA